AUGGCUUCCCACGAUUCUUUUCCUUCUUUCUCCGUUUCUUUGGCAUUUUUUUUUCAUAACUUUUUCUUUUCUUUCUUUCUCUUUCCUUCUCAAUCCGACUUUUCUUUUCUUACUAUCUUUUUGAAAAAGUCUACUCAAAACUUCUUUUCAUCGCUUUUCAUUCCUUAUCUCUCAUCUUCUUUUCCUUGUCAUAUUUUCUUUCUUUAUGUUUCUUUCUUUUUUCUUUUUUCUUUCAUUGAUUCAUCCAUUUCUUUUUUUUCCCCUUGUUCAGUUUUCUUUCUUUUUUCAUUCUUUUUUCUUUUGUCUUUCUUCUUUCUUUAUUUUACUUAUGUUCACCAUUUCUUUUCAUUUUUACUUAAUUUUUCAUUUCUUUCUUUCUUUUCCUUUCUUUCUUUCUUUUUCUUUCUUUCUUUCUUUUUCUUCCUUUCUUUCUAUUUUAUUUCUUCUAUCAUUUUUAAAAAUCUAGUCAAAAAUUUUUCUUUCAUUGAAUCGUCCAUUUCUUUAUUUUCCUUCUUCCGUUUUCUUUCUCUCUUCCUUUCUUUCUUACGGUCACCCUUCCUUUGCUUGUUACUUAAUUUUUCCUUUUUUUCUUUCUAUCUUUUUUCUUUCUGUCUUUCUUUCUUAUGUUCACCCUCCUCUUUGUAUUUUUUAAUUCUUUUUUCUUUCUUUCUUUGCUAA